AUGGCUGAAGCCCAGCUGUGUGGAUUACAGGACGAGUUCACCUGCUCGUUGUGUCUCGACACCCUGACUGACCCCGUCACCAUCCUCUGUGGUCACAGUUUCUGUCUGAAGUGCCUCACAGACUGCUGGGAUCAGAGCCAAAAGUACAGCUGCCCUCAUUGCAGACACACCUUCACCACAAGGCCUGAGCUGAACAGAAACACUCUGCUGAAUAUAGUCAUCAAGAAAUUAAAGAAGAUGACUAUCAGUUCUCCUCCUCAGAAUUAUGCCUGCCAUGGAAACGUGGAGUGUGACUUCUGUGCUGGUAAGAAGUUCAGAGCGGUGAAGUCCUGUCUCACCUACCCGGCCUCCUACUGUCAGACUCACCUGCAGCCUCACUAUGAAGGAGACGCCCUGAAGCACCACAAGCUGGUUGAUCCUGAUAGAAAUCUGAAGGAGAAACUCUGUGAGAAACAUCAGGAAAGUCUGGAGAUAUUCUGUAAAACUGAUGAUUCCUCUAUCUGCACAAUGUGUGUGGUGACUGGACAUAAAAAUCAUGAAAUGGUCGAGAUGGAGACAGAAAGAGAAGAAAAGCAGAAACAGCUGGGAGUGACACUGAGUGACAUCAAGAGGGGACUUGAGGAGAGAGAGAAGACACUGAAGGAGACGAGGAGGGCGAUGGAGGAGAUGAAGAUGUCUGUGGUAAGAGAGGUGGAAGAAAAUGAGAAGAGCUUCACUGCUCUGAUGCGGUGCAUUGAGGAAGCCCACAGGAAACUGACUGAGAGGAUCAGAGAACAAGAAAAGAGAGAAAUGGAGAAGGCUGAAGAAGUCAUGGAGCAACUGGAGAAGGAGAUCGAGGAGCUGAAGAGGAGAGAAGCUGAGCUGAAGGAGCUUUCAGAGACCAAGGACCAUCUGCACUUCCUGCAGACUUUCUCCUCUCGCUGUGUCCUUCCUGCUGAUGGAGACUCGCUGAGCUUCACUGUCACCGCUGAUUUCUCAUCUGAGGACCUAAGAAAGGAGCUGUCAGGUCUGACAAAGAGUCUGGAGAAGAUCAGCCAGUGGGACAUCAUGACAAGGACUCCACUAGGUACAGCAUCUGGUGACAUUGUGUUUGUUAUUGAAGUCCAUUAGGUGGACCAGAGUGACAAUAAGAGGACACUGAAGAAGGCCUGCUCUUUAACAUUUAUCU